CACAAACACCCCUCUCUCUCUCUCCAGUCUCCAUCGUGCACUGCCGCGCACACAGCAAACAUUACACAGAUCGUGUCCGCACUCGUGCGCGCCUGUCACGCACACUUACAGGUGGCGGGACUGCCUCGUGGGACAUUUGCUGGACCAUGCGGACGGUGCGGACGUUGGCGUGGCUGGACGUGCGGAUGGCGAUGUGGCUGGCGUGCGCCCUGUUGGGCUGGAUUGGUGAGGCCCACGGAUGGGCCUUCAGAGACGACGUGUGGCAUAACUCCGUGUUGCUGGAGGAGGCGGCGGACGUCUUCCACAUCCACUCCCGGCAUGGCCGCUAUCUCCUCACCCUGCGGGAGGCCCGGGCCAUUUGCGCCUACGAGGGCGGGGCCCUGGCCACCAUCGCGCAACUGCGGAAGGCUCAACGCGCUGGCCUGCACAACUGUGUGGCCGGCUGGCUGGCGGACGCGCGGGUCGCCUACCCCGUCACCAAGGCGAGCCAACAGUGCGGGUUCGGCAAAGUCGGCGUCGUAGACUACGGCGUGCGACUCAACCGCUCAGAGCGCUGGGACGCCUACUGCUACAGGAAGAAAGUGGGGACGUGCGGAGGCAGGCACAUGGAGACGGCGCUGAACCUCAGCUCACCAGACUACCCGGGCUACGCGGCGCUCAGGAGCUGCGUGUGGACCGUACGCGUGCCGGUCAGCAAGCGUGUCCGCCUCUCCUUCCUGGACUUCGACCUUGAGCGAGACGGAGGGUGUCUCGCCGACUUCUUGGAGGUCUAUGACAGCUACGAGGACGUGUCCGGACUCGUCGACAGAUUCUGUGGAGAUGCUCUUCCUCCUGUGAUAGUGAGCACAACUAACGUGAUGACGCUGAAGUUCCACUCGGACGCGUCGGUGGGCGGCCGGGGGUUCCUGGCUUACUACGAAGCUGUCGACCCGCCAACGACCCUCAGCAGCCUCCAGGACUCCCGUGUUGACCCCCCUGUUCCUCCGACCAAUGCGACCACCGUCAACCCCUCUGCAUUCCCGCACCUGUAACAUCGUGGUCACUUGCGCGAGAAGCUCUGUGUGUCUUUGGCCGACUGCAAUCGGGAAUUUAUUUCAGCCAUUGAGCUAAUAAGCGGCUCCUUUUUAAAAAUAGAACGACCACAGUCCAAUACCGUCGGCAGUGACGGCAGCUAUAUUGCAUUGCAGCGUGGGAAUAUUUAAACUAACCACAGCAAAACAACAAUUGUUUAUACAAAAUCCAUGCCAAAAUUUAUUGUGAACAGGAUAAUUAACACGUAAAAAACGGUGUAAAAAAUUAUUUCAGACGUAUGCUAUAGACGGAGCUUAGUUAUACCAUUCACAUUUCUAACAAGUAAUUCUGCAGGAUGGCCUUAACAUGGUACAGAAAGUAAAUUUGGAAUAUUAAUAUUGGUUGAGGAAAUUACAAAAUUUGAAUGCUGUGCAAGAGCAGGCCUUGGACCCCAGUGUGAGUUCUUGAUCUAGAAAUAGUCAGCAGUCAAAAAGGUCCAUACAAGGAUUCUUGCAUUUUUAAAACUAAGAAUAUCAGUUAAAUCCCAUGCUGAUUUGGAUUUAAGAACUUUGUUAAUUAAAAAAAGCCCAGUGUAUAUCUACCUAACUUGGGACCUUUCUUGUCAGUAUCAAAGUGUAAUGAGCGACUUCCGAGACACAACGUGUAGAAGGCUUCUCAUUUAUUUUUUACACUUGGGCACAAACACUGGGCAAUAUAGAGAAACGUAUCUACAUAGCUACACACAGCCAACCUUUCUACAUAGCCCCAUCGUCGGCGUCUAACGACAUAGCUGGCUGACUAAUGUAGUGAUUACGAUGAUCGGAGCCGUGCAGAGGAUCGGCCAUGCGGCCGGACGACGAAGAGAUGACGGCGAGCAGCGAUGCAGCCAGGACCUGGGACCCUGCGACAGCCCCAAACCUUCGGUCACGUCCCCCCUAUACACUUCCCGGCGUGGCCAGAUUCCGCCUCCAGCCAAGGCCCCUUCUAGAACCUUCGAGCAGAUUCCCGGAGCUUCCCGACUGACCCCACCUUUUAUCUUUAACCCCGUUACGCCCCCCUUCUAUUUGGUUAUUAUAUAACUCGCCCAUACCCGUGAUUACCCCUCCUGGCCGACAGGUGGCACCCUGUCACUACACAUGUGUGGAUGUGCCGAUGCCAGAACAGCAUGUUGGUAAUUACAAGCCCAUGGGCUGCACGAGUCUUACAACCGCCUACUGUUGUUUUUGAGCUGAUCUGACCCAUGUCUUCCAGUCACCCCAGCCCAAGUGCCAGCAUCAUGACCCACUCGGGCAUUAAAGUCACUCAACAGGAUGACUAUCCUGAGGGGGUACUUUAGCUAGCACCUGUGACAGGAGGUCAUCGAAGGCAUCCGACUCAUCCGCCUUGCAUGCAUCUCUCCACUGAUGUUUAUCUUUGAUGGGGGCAUAAGUAACAACGACCACCACUCAGCUCUGGUUGAUGGGAAGGUAAACCCGCAGUAGCCUGGGGCUCACAAUUUCCCACACCUCACCGCCAUUCUCCCACACCCCCCACAUUCUUAUGUUCAUAGGAAAAGGUCACUCCAUUGUUUGGCAGUAUCUUGCCCCGAGUAGAGUAGAGUACUGUCCACCCCUCGUGCUGACUGGAAUCAGAGCCAGUCCACCGGCCCUCCUGCAUAACGCAGAGAUCCUGACGGGAACCGGUUCAGCUCCCAAAAGAGUGGCAGCCUCUCUACAUUGAGCGUUUUAACAUUCCGUGUUGUCACUCAAAGUGUUUUAUUUGCCAUUUCUGGAGGAACCCCGAGGGCUUAGGUUCAGUCUCCUGGCUCUGCCAAAUGGGGUUUGGCCAGGAGACUUCAUAGAUGCCUGUCCCCCUGGGACCUCUGGCACAAGCUUAAUUAGAUUCUUAACACGCGUUUUAGUGGUAAUUAGGUUGAAGGUGGAGGAGUUACCAGCCCCUUGUACCCAUCUAGAGCCCCCAUUGGCUGCUGCGGUGGCUAUGAGCACCAUAAGGGGAAAAGCUGAUUUGAAUUGGCCUUCCUCCCAUGGCACAUCCACCACUGUUACCGUCCGGCACCAUCGAUUAGGUAGGGGAUUGUUUUGGCUGGAAACACACUCUUAGAUAAGGCAACAUUAGCCUAGCCUGGGGAUAUUCCUAUUAUCUACAAAAGUAUGGUGAGUCGCAUGGGGUGUCGUACUUUCCUGAGUUCUCUGAUCUCGGUUCUUCCUCAGUUCUGGGGAUUGUUGUGAUGACUUUGUGGUUUCCAACACUCGUUUAGUCUUGACACCCCCCCUACACUACAGUAUUUAGACUUUGGUGCUCACAAUAUUGGAGACAUGGGUCCGAAUAACAGAAGAUCCUUGGCUUCUGUGGAUUUGGCUGCGAUAUUUGCACCACUGGCUCCUUUACCACUGUAGGGUGGUGCUAGAGGCCGCCUCCUUGUGCUCCGCCCCCCACCCCCCUUUGCUGAAGUGUCCUUGCUUAUCCCUGCUCCUGACCCAAGCAAUCAAGCUUGGCAGUUCUCCCUCAUCAGCUCCUCUCUCCACUGCUGGCUGGCUGUUGGGGAGAGCUGCUUGCGGUCGGUAUCCUUCUGCUGUCGUUUCUCCAAGCAUCUCAAUUAUGUGUUUGAGUGAGUUCUUUAUAUGAAAUCUGGGCUGGGCUUGCUUAAUGUCUUAAUAUAAUUUAAGCCCUACACCUAUUUGGAAUAUAAUACUGCCCAAGCUGUUCUACAUAUGUUUGAAUUAACGCUCAGUGCACGUGGUUUUACUGCUAAUUAAUAAACUAAUAAACUAAGUGUAUGCUGUGCCACUGAAUCAGCCACUUGCAUAAAGCUAAAUUAAUUAUUCACUUGCCCUUCCUGUGCUAGUUCACCAACCGCCUCGCUCAAAUGUGGUCCACACCCUCCACACUGUAUUUUACCAGCAUUUUUACAUCACUCCACUCUCAACUAAGUCUUGAAAUCUUACCUAUAUUUGUGGCUUUUAUAUUUUAGCAUAUGUUUUUAAUUGAACCAUGUAACACCUCCCCUCACAUCAGUUCAGUUUAUUUUGAAGUACGUAAAUAUAAAUGUGUUAACCCACCACCACGAGUUGGCAGAUUUUGUUCACUUGACAGAACCUGACUAAUUGGCUGUGUCGGGUGGUGGUGGGUUUAACGACACAUAUUUACGCGAUCUAGCCGUACAAAAAAACUUUAAUAAUAUCGGUCGGGAAAGGCUACGUGUUAAAUCUCCAUAACUCCCUCUGAAACUGAGUUUC